GCCAUGCUCCCCCCUCCUAAAACACAUAAUUAAACUGAUGAAUUAUUUAAAGAGUUUCCAAACGGAAGGCCAAAUGCAAAGCCCGCAACUUUGAAUGCUCCGUCCCACAAACAGUGGGAAGGAGACCCAUUAUUAUCUCGAAGUCUUCACAUGCAAAACCCAUAUCCUGAAGAUGCAAUUUUUUAUGCACAUAUUCUUAGACGCCACUCGACCCCCACAUUCGAGCUUGAGAAAAUUAGAAUAGAGGAAAACCCAAAAUCAAGAAACAGAGUAACCCCCCGAAAACAGCAGAGGGGAGAGAGAGAGAGAAGGAAAGCUCGCGUCUUUCUGAUUCGUGGACUUGAAAUUGUGAAAAAUCUCUUUCUUGCUCCGACUGGCGAUACUGGGUCUCUCUCGGUUGUUGCUCCUCUCUGCGCGUUCUCGAGUUCGGAGACGGCGUUGUUCUGGGGCAGCGAGUGAUGGGCGACGAGAAAGCGGCGAUGGCGAUGGGGAGUAGGGAGAGGGAGAGAGAUCGGGAGCUCCUCAUUCCGGUGGCCGGUACCGGGGGCGACGAGUCGUCCUCGUCCUCCUCCAAGCCCUCCCCUUCUUCUUCGUCUCUGCACCAGACGGGCCGCGAGACAUUAUACAAAGUUGUUAGGAGUUGGGCUUCAAAAAAGUUUAUGACUGGAUGCGUCAUCCUCUUUCCCAUUAUAAUCACAUUCUAUGUGACGUGGUGGUUCAUACACUUUGUUGAUAGCUUCUUCUCUCCAAUUUAUGCACAACUUGGGAUUGAUAUAUUCGGUCUUGGAUUUGUUACAUCCAUAACUUUCAUCUUCGUGGUUGGGGUGUUCAUGUCAUCAUGGUUGGGUGCAUCUGUCCUCAGCCUUGGAGAGUGGUUCAUUAAACGGAUGCCAUUUGUUCGUCACAUCUACAGCGCCUCCAAGCAAAUUAGUGCUGCUAUAUCACCAGAUCAAAACACUCAGGCAUUCAAAGAGGUGGCUAUCAUAAGACAUCCUCGAAUCGGUGAAUAUGCAUUUGGAUUCAUCACUUCAUGCCUUGUUUUGCAGAAUUAUUCUGGGGAGGAAGAGCUGUGCUGUGUUUAUGUCCCCACGAAUCAUCUUUACAUUGGCGAUAUUUUCCUCGUUAAUUCCAGGGAUGUCAUCAGACCAAAUCUCUCUGUCCGUGAAGGGAUUGAAAUCGUCGUUUCAGGGGGAAUGUCAAUGCCUCAGAUCCUCUCUACACUGGACUCGCGCAUUAUGCCAGUCGAAAGAAGUAGACCUGACAGAAGCCAGCUCUAGUCGUGGAUGAUUUCUUUCUACUGUAAUUUGCCAUCUUUCGCAUCCAAUCAGGUCGGCACAUCAAUUGAUUCGCACUGUUAAGGGUUAACUCAAAUAUGAAGAGUUCGGGGUGUUCCAGUUUCGUGGUCGAGGCAACAAGAGUCAGAUGGCAUAUAAAACUCCGGUUUCUGUUUAGGGUGUAGAAUUAGUGUUCUAUCGAGAUAUAGCGAGGGAUUAUUGUAGAGGUGAAUGGCUCUUCGGGUUUUCGAUUUUUGAUUAUUUAUGUCCACGAUUAGUGUUUGGUUUGGCAAGAGAUCUCUCUGGAUUAUACUAGGAAACUAUGUGGUGCUGUCUUGCUACAGUCAUUUUACUUAGAUAACCAACAAUGUAGAUAGAAAGGCAAAAUUGUUUGUUCAA